AGUUGCAGUCGGAGACAGGCAGCGCGUCAGUUGGUCCAACACUCCUGCAUAUUGAACAUGUUAAGAACAAUCGUUGCGAAAUGGAUAAAUCUCUGUCAUGAAACUAAUAUCCAGUAUCGCUUUCUAGAACCGGGCAAAUAAUCAAAAUGGAUUACAAAUACGACAACUCCGGAAUAGAACUCCUGAUGGUGCACAUGAACCUAGAGGACAUCAUAAACGCGGUGGAGAAUCUCUAUAACGCCGAGGAAGAGGACACAGGGGAGUCUUUUGACGAGGGUAUGUCCCAGGAAGAGAUGUAUGAGCAUGAGGAGACUAUGGAUUCAGGGUCGAGUUGCCAGGGUAACGGCGGUGGCGUGCGCUACGGGACGGUGACGGACCUGCUGUCUUUCGUCAAUCUAAUCUCUGACAUGCAGCUGGAUGCGCUGCAGCACCUGCCUGAGGAGAUGGGUGUGUUGCUCAACAAGAAGGACAUGGCUAUCAGGAACAAGCGCUACCGAAUCGGCAUGGAUGUGCUUCUUUUUCCAUGGAAACUGACGUACAAAAAUCCCGGAUCGGGCUUGGUGCCAAAGGGCUCGUUUGGGAAAGUCCACCUCGCCCAGGACACCAAGACCAAGAAAAGAAUGGCUUGUAAACUGAUCCCCAUACAGCACUUCAAGCCCGCUGACGUGGAGAUCCAGGCGCGGUUCCGUCACGAGAACAUCGCUGAGCUGUACGGCGCGGUGCUGUGGGACCAGAACCUGCACCUGUUCAUGGAGGCGGGCGAGGGCGGCUCCGUCCUGGAGAAACUGGACAGCUGUGGGCCCAUGAGGGAGUUUGAAAUCAUUUGGGUGACCAAGCAUGUGCUCAGAGGCCUGGAAUACCUGCAUUCCCACAACGUCAUCCACCACGACAUCAAACCCAGCAACAUAGUCCUGAUGUCGGACAAGGCCGUGCUGGUGGACUUUGGUCUGACAGUGCAGAUGACAGAGAAGGUGUUCACCCCCAGAGACCUGCGGGGCACAGAGAUGUACAUGAGUCCGGAGGUGGUUCAGUGUCACGGCCACGACACCAAGACGGACAUCUACAGUCUGGGAACGACAAUCAUCCACAUGCAGACUGGAAGCCCUCCCUGGGUCAGGAGAUACCCGCGCACUGCCUACCCAUCCUACCUCUACAUAAUCCACAAGCAGGCCCCUCCCCUGGAGGACAUUGCGGAGGACUGCAGCCGGCCCAUGCGCUCCUUCCUGGAGCGCGCGUUGGCGAGGGACCCCGCCCUGCGAAGCUCGGCCUCCCAGCUGCUGCGUGAGGAGGCCAUCAACCCCCCACGUGAGGAGCAGCCGCGCUGCUGGAGCCUGGACUCAGCCAUGGAGGAGGCCUCGCACCCCCUGCUGCGCCAGCACAGCCAGCAGCCAGACACCACCCAGGAAUCCUCCUUGUAUUCUGAGGACUCUGGCCACACGAGGAGGAAGGGGUCUCUGUACAUCGACCCAGUGGCCCUGGCUGGUUACUACAGCCUUGUGAGAGGACCCCCGGCCUCGGAGUAUGGCUAACACACGUUAGCGUGGCUAAUAGGGCUCCUGGAGAGCACUGAUGUUAGCUGGCUGAGCUAGUAUGGCUAGCAGACGCUAGCACGGCCAGCACACGCUAGCACAGCUAACAGGGCUCAUGGAGAGCACUGAUGUUCCAUGGGCGCUAAUUCAUCUAGCAUAGCGAAAUGCUAAUGCUUUGACCUCGGGAAUUGCUCAGUCAGAGCCUCUGCUCAAGUUCAGAUGUAUCAGAGACUGUGAUGUAACUGAUCAUGUUAGAGCCAGCCAGAGGGCACAAUAAACUCUGGGCCUGGACUGGUACAAUGAAAUGGACCAAAGUCAAGUUCCUUUAGUUUAAAAUAUUGAAUGAUGUACCCCAGAUACACAUUUUUCAGAUAAAUGUUGUACAAGGUUGUUUCUUGUAGAAAUGUUAAACUCUCUUGUGUUUUAAAACUUUAAGACAUUUUUCUAAGCAUUGUCAUGUUCAUAUUACAUGAUUUGUAUUGAGAUGUGUUGUGGCUUGUACAAAAAUAGUGUGUUUGAUCUAUUUGAAGUACUCCACAGAUUUCCUUGGAAUUGUUCUUGUGGAACAUAUUUUCUUUGGUAAUUGCUAUGCAAAUUAUAUUACACACCAUGCUUUUCAUAAACAUAUAGUUAUAAAAUGAUGUCCUUUGACCUGUUGUACAGUACAUCCAUUGAGAUGUUGUAGUCAAAUUGAAAUGUUCCUUUUGAAUUCAGUUUGAGCUCUGUGACUGUUUUUAAAUUCAUUAAAAUAAAAAUCUGGCACUUG